CCGAACCCAAGGAGAGAUAUUGUGGAAAGGAAAUAUUAAUAUUUAUUUUAUUAAAACUUUUGCGCACACUAUCCCACACACUGUCUCUGUGGGGGCCUAACCUUACUCAGAAGACCUAUCUCGGAUAAUAUACCGAAACACGGACGUAUCACCUCUCCCACCUCUCAACGAAUGCUUUUUUCUCCCCUCGCCCACUUAAAUCACCACCGCCUUUCUUCAACUCCUCCAAGCCCCCAGCAAUCCCUUCCAUCCUCUCAGCCACAGCGCCGACUUUACUCUCAACCUCCUCUAAGCCCUUAACUAACUCCUCGCUAAUCAAACCAGCGCCCGGAAAGUCAUUACCAGACCUUAAUGCUGCCUCUAGCAGUCGGCUUACAUUCCACAUUUCUGUAAGCUCGGACUCUCCUGUUGCAAGUUCCUUCUCCUGUGCCUUGAGCUUGGAAUUUUGUUGAACGAUAUGUUCUCUGAUCUGUGAUUCCUUGACCACUGGGACAGGAGGCGUUGGUGGCGCAGAUUUAAUCGGGGAUAUGAAGAGAGGAGUGAUAGUUGGCGGAACAGAAAUGCCCAAUAGUGCCAGCAUACGCAGUUCAGGGUACUCGUCCUCGUCGGGUGGAAAAUCCGUGCUUCUACCACGCCUGUGCCGUGGAGGAGUGAAAGCCGGAACCGUGCGGAAGGGAAGCUUUUUGCCCGGGCUCGAGCUAGGGCUCUUGGGAGCUGGUGGGGGCGUACUUGGAGUUGUGACCUUGGGAGGCAUUGUAAGCGGAGAAACAGAUUCCUCUGCAAUUGUUGCUAACACCGUAGAAAUUGCUUUUUGCUUGGAAAGCUCUAUUUUCAAACUCUGGGCGGUCGCCCUGUGGCGUUUUUGGAGAUGGUGGAGGACAUCACAAAUCUAUAAUUAUAUCAGCAACGCUCUAUAGAGCUUCAUAGAGAGAACUCACAUAUUUUCCACCUAAUCGUAGGCCCUCGCUGGCUUUCAUCCGACCUUUGUGUACUUCAUCCAGUACCGGUUGAAGGAACUCCUGCUCGGCGGCCAUUUCUGCUACUGACGGGAUUUCGGCGUAUAGACUUUCAAGGUCUUUUUGGAGCUCUUCUACUUCAGGGUCACCAUUCUCCGAGUUAUGCGAGCCAGCUACUUCAAAGAAGAUUCGAUCAAGACGGGUUUUCAGUGCUGUGGCCGAAAGGGUGGAUAGCCUGUGAGAUGCAUUAGUACCCUCCUCAAGAGGUAAAAUUCAGAAGGGCUCUUGCUUUUUUACAAGCGCAGUUACUCUCUCAACAACCUCCUUCCCGUCAUCACCAUCGUCACCAACAAUCACGCCGCCUGCAAGUCUUUCCAACCGUGCAAGUACCCUGUCAUCACUCUCCAACAUCUUAUUCACACCUUCAACAUCAAUGGCAGACUCCUUCAUAUAUUGCUUUAGGUCGAUUAUCUCUUCUUUUAGGAUACUUAAUAAAUCAUCAAUCUAUCACUGUUAGAA